AUGGAACAGCUCGCUUUUCCUACAUCGCGAGCGCAUAGACGUGCACACGCAUUUCAAAGAGUAGGCUCUCUUAAAAACAUUCAUCAUCCAAGAUCCAAAUCAUUAUUAGAAACUGCAACAAUUAUUGUUACAGGCUUUACUUCUGACGUUACACAGGAAACAAUCCAAAAAGCAUUUUCGGUUUUUGGAAACAUUGUUUCAUGCACUAUUAAUACAAAUGAAACUGAACCAAUCAAUCCAACAGCGAAUAUUGUUUUUUCUAAUCCAGAUGAAGCAAAAGCAGCUGUCUCAAACAUAUCCUCAAUUAAAGUAUGUGAUAAGCCAUUGCUUGCCUGCUUUGGUAUCUCGAAAGAAAAAGAAAAACGAGCAAGCCGUGUGAUAUCUGUCAGAAAAAUACCCAAAGACGUCGAUCUUGAUACUAUUAAGCAAAUAUUCUCAAGAUUUGGUGAAAUAGAGAGCACGAAAUCCCUUGUUACAGAUGAUCAAGAUGUUUGGAAGGCAAUUAUUAUUUAUCAGACUUUUGAAGCAGCUUCUGCUGCUAUUCAAUCAAUGAAUGGAAUGAUAAUAUCAUCAUCCAAACCAAUAUCAGUCAAGUUUUACGAUGCUGGUGGCAUGUUACUACCAAGUCCUGUUAUGUGUCGCCGUAAUUCCUCCAGACUUACAUCGAGUGAUUUAUUUGAUCUUAGUUCGAUGGUACAUUAG